AUGAAACUAAUAUGGUUAAACACAGCAAAAAACGAGAACAAUGCUGAUUAUCGGAACACACGUGACGAGUUACGAAAAAUUAAUCAAGACCAGAAAACUUUCAUUGAUUUAAACGAAUGUAUCAAUUAUAUAAAAACCUUUGGUGAAACAAAAAUACUUUUAAUUAUUGAUGAAACUUUCCUUGACAACGUUUUACACCAGAUAGAUGCAUUCGAAACAGUUCUGUGUAUUUUCAUUGUUUAUACUGAUCAUCGCUACGAUGAACGUAUCCAUCGAAAAUAUGCCACAACUGUCGUCACUAUUCCAACUCAACAAGCGUCUUUAGUACAAUUGGUGAAACAUCGUACACGUCUUGAACUCGAGCAGCCAACAUUUUCAAUUUUCGAUGAAGAUCAAAAGUCGGCACAGGAUUUUAAGGCAGAAUUUCCUCGGUAUUUAUGGACUCGAAUAUUAAUCGAUGUACUAAGACCGUCUCCUAAUCGCAGAGAACAAGCGAUGAAGGAAAUGUUGGACAUCUGUAAACAACGCUACAAAACCAACGAAGCUGAUUUAAAAGAAAUUGAAACAUUUUGUACGACAUAUGAAAAGGACAAAAAUGCUGCUUAUUGGUAUACAAAAAAUAAUUUUGUUCACCGUAUUGUAAAUGCAGCUCUUCGAACCGGAAAUAUGGAUUAUCUAUAUUGUUUUCGUUUCUUCAUCAGUGACCUUUCUGAGCAAUUGAGGCAAGAACGAUUGACCAGUACCAACAAAAUAAUAUUAUACCGUGGACAGCGAAUCACCAAAUUUGAAAUUGAUUCACUUAAACAAAAUGUUCGUUCAUUUAUAGCUAUAAAUGGUUUUUUAUCGACUACUCGAGAACGUGAAAUCGCAAUCUUGUUUCUACGUCAAGGUCUGUCCGAAACAAGUCCUAUUCAAUCGGUACUAUUUGAAAUUACUGCUGAUUCAUCGCUUAAAUCUGUUAUAUUUGCUGAUAUUCAACAUUUGAACGAAUUAACAAAAGCUGAAUCAUAUAUAAAUCGAAUGCUACCAAUGACAACAGCAGAUACUUUGGAAAACGCUGCUUUUCUAGCUGAAAUGGGUUGUCUUCAUAUCCGCAGAUAUGAAUAUCAAAAAGCAAACGAAAUAUUCAAUCGUGUAUAUGCAACUCGAAAGCACUUGUUAGAUGAAAACCAUCCACUCAUUGCUCGAUCUUUAAACGAUUUAGCUGCAGUAUUUUUCUUCAUCUUUGACAUAAACAAAGCAAUCGAAUACAACAAAAAAGCUCUAUCAAUUGAUCGGCAAUUCUUUCUAACUGAACAUAUUUUAAUCGCUAAGGAUUUAAUUUAUUUGGGAAAGAAUUAUGAAGCAAAUGGGGAACCAGAUAAAGCGUUAAAUCAUUUUGAUAAAGCUCUAAAAAUACAAAUACGUCUGUUCGGUUCAACUACAGAACAUCACAAUAUUGCUACUGCAUUAUGGAGUAUUGGUUUAAUCUAUAAUAAAAAAUCUGAUUACAAGCGUGCACUCGAUAAUUUUAUGAAAGCGCUGCAAAUGUAUGAAAAUACACUACCUUGUGGCCACGAUCUCACAAUGAAGCUAUUUUUAGCAAUUGUUGAAAAUUAUGUUGUAAAUGAAAAUUUUCACAGUGCAUCCGAAUUCUGUGAAACAAAACUAGCACAAUAUCAUCCGAAUGUAGAGCCAAGCCAUCCAAGUAUCGCGAAAAUCCGCCAACUCAUGGGUUAUAUUGCAUUUAAGAGCAAUAAAUAUGAAGACGCAUUCAGAUUGUUCGAAGAAGCAUUGCAAUUAUUGAAAGAACACAAUCAACAUGAGAAUGAGUCGAUUCUGGACUGUUUAAAAUAUCUUGCUGAAACAGAAAAACACAGAGACAAUUACGCUGAGGCUCUUAUUUAUUUAGGUGAAGCAUACAAUAUACAAAAGAACAUAUAUUUACCUAAUCAACCUCAAAUUGCUGAAACACUUCGUCAGCAAACAGAAUUUAAAAGACAAUCUGAUAAAUUAUUAAAUAUUAAAAUAAAAUGA